UGCUUAUAAAAUGAUGAUAAUCAACCGGUGACGACGGUCAUUCACUUCGUAUCGACUAUUCGACAUUGACAUUGACAUUCAUCAUCAUGAUGUUGAUUUUUUGAAUAAUCAACUUGCCUAAUCAUCAUCAUCAUCAUGGAUACAAUUCUGAUCGAAGAUCAUCGUACAUUACAGGCUAUUUUAGGUCGAUCGGCCGAUGAUUUCGGUGUUGAUACUACCACAAUCACUGAAGAUGAUGAUGGUGAUAAUGAUGAUAUCAACAAUGGUGGCAUUGAUAAUGCUGGAUUAGAUUUUAGCCAAUUGGAAGAAUAUAUUAAUCAGGUGGAUAAUGAUCAUCAACAUCAACUUGAACAACAACAGAAUGAUGAUACAACCAAUUUAUAUUAUCAAGAUGAACAACAACAACAAAAUUCUAUUCUAAUCACUUCAUCACCUGACGUUGUUGAAUUAAAAUCAUCAUCACCAUUAUCAUCGAAAUCGGCCAAUUUACAACAGCAAUAUCAUCUACAAUCAUAUGAAACAAUUACAAAUUCAAAUCAUCAAUCAGUUGUUAGUUGUUUACCGGAUUCACCACCAGAUUCUGGUUCAGAACCACCAUUUUCACCAAAAUCUACUACUAAUAAUAAUAUUACUGUUAUUGCUGAACAACAACAACAACAACAAUCAGAUAAUAUGGAAGAAAAUAUGAAACAUUUUAUCAAUAAUGAUUAUUCACAACACAAUAAUCAUCAUCAUCAUCUGAAUCACCAUAAUCAUCAUCUUAAUCAUCAAAAUCAUCAUAAUGUAAAGAUUGAAACAACAAGCCUAAAUCAUCAUCAUCAUCAUCAUAUACCUCAAUCACAUCAUCCACCGCCGCAUCCGCAACAUUCUAUACAUCAUCCACAGCCGCUGCCGCAACAUCAUGAACAAAUUCUUCAAUCAACAACAAAUCAUCAUCAACAUCAUACAUUGCAACAACAACAACAUCCGCAACCACCAUCAGCAGCAGCAGCUAUUAUUCAUCAACCAACAACAGCAACAACUAAUACACAAUUAUCAAUACUGGAAUCACAUCAUCAAAUGGUUACAUUAGGUGUUGCAGCUGCGGCUGCUGCUGCUGCAGCCGGCAGCAAUAUUGUUCCAUCAUCAUUAACUUGUCCAUUAACAGUUAAUUCGGUUAGUAUGAUACAUCAUAAUCUUAGUUCGGUUACAACUGGUCAUCAUCAUCAUCAACAUCAACAACAACAACAACAGCAAUCAUCGAUGAUUCAUCAAACAAAUUAUCAUCAACAACCGAAUAAUAAUAAUAUUUAUGCAAAUUCACAAACAUCCGCACCAUCAAUGAUGAUUGAACCAAAUAAUAGUUAUCAUCUAAGUCGUUUAACAAUAACAACACCACCUGAUUGUCAACAUUAUACAACAUUAACAAAUACAGUGAAUCAAUCGCAAUCGCAAACGCAAACGCAGCAUUCAACACCACCGCCGCCAUCAAAUUUAAUCGUUCCAAUCACCGGUGGUACAGUUGGCCAAAAUAGUGGUGGUGUUAAUGGUGGGAAAAAACGUAAAAUAUCUGAAACGAAAAGUAAUGGUGGAUCGACAACAACAACAAAUAUUUAUAUUAAACAAGAACCAAAUAAUGGUUUAUCACCUGAUUCUGGUCAUCAACAACAACAUGGUCUGAAUGGCAUCAUCAAUGAUAAUAGUAGUAAUAGCAAUAAUAAUAAUAAUGUACAUUCAACACAACAAUGUGAUGAUGAUUUUUUAGGUGAUUAUGGUCCGGAUAGUCAAAUGUAUUCAUCUGAUUCAUUUUAUCAAUGUAUCCGAUUUACAUCGUUCAAUACAAAUCUAUCUUGUCCAUUAUAUGAUGUUAAUUUUAAAGAAAUACCAACAAUAAAUUAUCGUGUGGAUGCGGAUAAAGGUUUUAAUUUUAGUAAUGCUGAUGAUGCAUUUGUUUGUCAGAAAAAAAAUCAUUUUCAAGUUACUGUUCAUAUACAGAUUGUUGCCAAUCCAUUCUAUGUAAAAACAUUAUCAACAGAAAUAUUUCAGAAAAUUGAUAAUUUUUAUCUACAUUUUUACGGAGUGAAAGUAGAAUCACCAACACAAACAAUAAAAGUCGAACAAUCACAAUCGGAUAGAAGUAAAAAAGCAUUUCAUCCAGUACGAAUUGAAUUAUCCUGUGAUCAGGUAACAAAAAUGACCGUUGGCCGAUUACAUUUUAGUGAAACAACAUCAAAUAAUAUGCGCAAAAAAGGUAAACCAAAUCCUGAUCAAAGAUAUUUUUAUUUGGUCGUUUCACUUUGUGCACAUGUUGGUGAUCAAAUUCAUCAGAUAGCAGCACAAGCAUCGGAAAGAAUUAUUGUUCGGGCAUCCAAUCCCGGACAAUUCGAAAAUGAUGUUGAAUUAGUUUGGCAAAAAGGUCCAAUACCGGAAACAAUAUUUCAUACGGGACGUGUAGGUAUUAAUACUGAUCGUCCGGAUGAAUCGUUGGUUGUAUUUGGUAAUGCAAAAGUUACCGGCAGCAUAAUGCAACCAUCGGAUAAACGUGCAAAAACCAAUAUCGAAGAAGUUGAUACACGUGAACAAUUAAAAAAUGUUUCAAAUAUGCGUAUUGUACGUUAUCAAUUUAAACCAUCGUUUGCCAAAGAAGUUGGUAUCGAUCAAAAUGAAUUAAAUGGUACUGGUAUACUUGCACAAGAAGUACAACAAAUUCUACCUGAAGCAGUAAAAGAAACUGGUGAUAUAAUAUUAUCCGAUGGUGAAAUGAUUGAAAAUUUUCUUGUAGUAAAUAAAGAUCGUAUAUUUAUGGAAAAUUUAGGUGCAGUAAAAGAAUUAUGUAAAGUUACUGAUAAUUUGGAAACACGUAUCGAUGAAUUAGAACGUAUGAAUACAAAAUUAAGUAAAUUUAAUCGUUUUGAUUCAAUAAAAUCCAAUGCUAGUAGUAGUACAAUUACUUGUGUUUCAAGUAAUUAUCGUAAUAAUAAUAACAACAACAACAAUAAUAAAACAAUGCGUAAAAAUUCAUGUCAUCGAAGAUCAUCAUCAUCAUCACAUCAUCAUAAAUCUUAUUGUUCAAAUUCAUCACAACAUUCAAUGCCCAUUAACCAGGGUUGUAAUAAUAGAUUUUUUCAAACAUUAAUCAUGAUUCUCAUCUUUAUAAUGGCAUUUUGCCUUGCAUCGAUAGCAACAUUGUACAUAUUAGAAUAUCAUCGUCGUCAUCAUUCAAAUAUUAUAAAUCAUCAUUCAUCAACAUCGUUAUCAUCAUCAUCAUCAUUAUCGUCUGAUCAUCAUCAUUAUCAUACACAAUCAUCAUCAUUUGAUUUACCACCUUAUUCAAAUGUAAAUAAUAAUAAUAAUAAUCAACAACAACAAUCACCAAGCAAUCCAAAUUCAUUUGUCGAAACAAUAAAUAAAUCGAAUCGAUUGAAUAAAGAUCGAACACAUCCUACUCAUCAUCCACAGCCAACAGCUAUACCUGUAUUAAAACCACAGGUACUUGGUGCACCAAAUGGUUGUUAUGAUUAUACAUCAACAACAUUAUGUCCAGUUCAUUGUUGUACUGAUGAAAAUUUUAAUGUUUAUCAUUUGAAUUCAAAUAUUGAACCAUCAAAUACUAAUAAUCUCAAAGAUCCAAAUAAAUCUCAUUUUAUUAUUGAUCAUAAAUUUGAUCCAGCAGAAGAAUCAACGUCCACUGUGAUCAAUGAAACAUUAUCAGCUAAUGAUACAAUGACAAAUAAUGCAUCAAUGAUCGCAAUCAAUUCAUCAAAUUCAUUGUCUAAUCAAUCGAAAUUUAAUCCAAAUGAAUCAAAUUCAUCAAACAUUAAUAAGAAAAAAAGAACCGAUAAAGGAAUUCGAUCAUUCACCAAUGAUAAUGAUGAUGAUGAUGAUAAUAAAAACAUUGAUGGUAAUGGUAAAUAUUCACAUUCAUCAAGUAUACAAGAUAUUCAUAGUUUAAAUGAUUUUCAUGAUUCAAAAUUUCAUCGUCGUCGUCGAAAACGUCGAGAAACCGGUAAAUCAUCUACACAGAAUAAUAUGUAUAAUACAUAUCCGAAAAAAGAUCUUACACGUAUGGUCGAAAUGAUCAAACUUUUAGAAUUGAAUGCUACCAUUGAUUAUUCAUAUUGUACAAAACUACAUUGUACACAAGGAUUUGGUAAUCGUUUUCAUUAUACAAUUCCUAUUUCAAAAUAUAUGGAAUUGGAAUAUGUUACACUUCAAUUUGAAUUAAAUCAAGAAAUGAAAGUUGAUCAUUGUGAAAUGAAAGAAAAACCAGUUACAUGUUCAUCCGGUUAUUAUGGUAUGGAAAAUAUACCACAAUCAUAUAAAAAAACAGCCGAUCAUAUACUAUUACCGGAAUCAUCACCACAUUGGCGUUUACCAAUCGGUAUCUAUCAACGUAGUUCAUAUAUAUUUCGUAUACUUUCACGUGAUAUUAUUGCCGAUUCUCCAUGUAAUCUAUCCGAAUCACAGGCCGGUUCAUCAUUUGUGGAAUAUAAAUUUGAAUUCAUAAGAAAAUGUGAUAAAUGAAUCAAUGAAUGAA